AUGUCCAACUCACAACCCGACUUCCUGCGCUUCACGGGCCACCGGUCUUUUGCGCGGCGCCUGACCUUGGCGACGCUGACAGGUCGACCGAUCCACAUCUCCAAGAUUCGGAGCUCGUCGCCGACGAAUCCCGGUCUGGCACCACACGAGGUGUCGUUCCUGCGGCUCCUGGAGGCCGUGACAAACGGUAGCUCGAUGCAGAUCUCGUUCACGGGCACGGCCAUGACCUACCAUCCGGGUCUGAUCACGGGGGCCAUCGCGGGCCAGGGCGCGGCGGAGGGCGACAUGAUCGAGCACAACCUCCCGCCCACAUGCUCCCGUGGCGUGACCUAUUUCCUCAUGCCGCUCUGCCUGCUGGCGCCUUUCUCCAAGGCCCACAUGAACGUGCGCUUCUCGGGCGCCGGGGUGAUAACCUCAGCCACCGAGUCGGGGGACGUGUCGGUCGACACUUUCCGAACAGCCAUCCUGCCCAUCCUCGGCCUGUUCGGCAUCCCGCCUGCCAGGAUAGAGAUCCGCGUCCUGCAGCGCUCGUGCGCCGGCCCCGGUGGCCGCGGCGGCGGCGGCUGCGUCGAGCUCCGCUUCGCCAGCCAGGUCCGCCUCCCCAAGACGCUGCACCUUAACCGCUCCCCGGGAAGGAUAAGGCGCAUCCGCGGCGUCGCCUACUCCACCGGCGUGUCUGCCUCCAACAAUGCGCGCAUGAUCCACGCCGCCCGCGAGAUCCUCAACCCCUUCGUCUCGGACAUCCACGUCGCUGCCCAGUACGACCAGGCGCCCCUCGUGCCCACCGGCGACAGCGCCGGCAGCAAGAGGCGGCUGGGCAUCGGUUUCGGCCUGAGCCUCGUCGCCGAGUCUAGCGCCGUCGGUGUGCUCUACUCGGCCGACGCCGUCGUGCCCCCCAAGGGAGGUGUCGUGCCCGAGGAUAUCGGCAAGAACUGCGCCUACCAGCUUCUCGAGACUAUCGCAAAGGGCGGCUGCGUCACCCCCGUCUCCGCCAGCACAGUCCUCGUCCUCAUGGCCAUGGGGUCGGAGGAUGUCGGCCGCUUACGCAUAGGCAGGGAUGUCAUCGGGUGCGAGGACCUUGUGACGCUGGCUAGGGAUCUCAAGACGUUUGGUGCCAGCAGCUGGGGUCUACGUGAUGUCAAUGACGACACCGAUGACAUUCAGGUUGCCGUCAAGGGAACGGGCGUCGGAAACGUUGGAAGGAAGAUGGCAUAG